UUACGCGAGCUACCCACGCUAUCGGUCCUUCUAGAGUCUCGCAGCCGGGCCGCCACACCAUGGAUACCCUGAGACAAGUGGUCAAUUUCGGGCCUGGGCCCGCCAAGCUGCCGCACUCCGUAUUGCUGGAGAUACAAAAAGAUUUACUGAACUACAAAGGCGUUGGAAUUAGUGUUCUUGAAAUGAGCCACAGGUCAUCCGAUUUUGCUAAGAUUAUAAACACCACAGAGAAUCUUGUGCGGGAAUUGUUAGCUGUUCCGGAUAACUACAAGGUGAUUUUUGUGCAAGGAGGUGGGUCUGGCCAGUUUAGUGCUGUCCCCUUAAACCUGAUUGGCCUGAAGACAGGCAGAUGUGCUGACUACGUGGUGACAGGAGCUUGGUCAGCUAAGGCUGCAGAAGAAGCCAAGAAGUUUGGGACUGUAAAUAUCGUCCACCCCAAACUCGGAAGCUAUACAAAAAUUCCAGAUCCAAACACCUGGAACCUUAACCCAGAUGCCUCUUACGUGUAUUACUGUGCAAACGAGACCGUGCAUGGGGUGGAGUUUGAUUUUAUACCUGAUGUCAAAGGUGCCGUGCUGGUUUGUGACAUGUCUUCAAACUUCCUGUCCAAGCCCGUGGAUGUUUCUAAGUUUGGGGUGAUUUUUGCUGGCGCUCAGAAGAACGUGGGCUCUGCUGGGGUCACAGUGGUGAUCGUGCGUGAUGACCUACUGGGGUUCGCUCUCCGGGAAUGCCCCUCCGUCCUGGAAUACAAAGUGCAAGCUGGAAACAGCUCGUUGUACAACACACCUCCAUGCUUCAGCAUCUAUGUCAUGGGCCUGGUUCUGGAGUGGAUUAAGAACAAUGGUGGCGCAGCAGCCAUGGAGAAACUCAGCAUCGUCAAAUCUCAAAUGAUUUACGACAUCAUCGAUAACUCUCAAGGGUUCUAUGUAUGUCCAGUGGAGCCCGAGAAUAGAAGCAAGAUGAAUAUCCCAUUCCGCAUUGGCAAUGCCAAAGGAGAUGAUGCUCUAGAAAAAAGAUUUCUUGAUAAAGCUCUUGAACACAAUAUGCUGUCUUUGAAAGGCCACAGGUCUGUGGGAGGCAUCCGCGCCUCUCUCUAUAACGCUGUCACCAAUGAAGAUGUUCAGAAGCUGGCAGCCUUCAUGAAAAACUUUUUGGAGAUGCAUCAGCUUUGAACACACCCUGACCUCUGUAUACUCUGUCAUUGAACCAUGUAUGAGAUUUAAAAUGACAAGGAAAUGAUUAACAAAACUUUUAACAAAUAACAGUAUUUUCUCAAAUGAAUAUACUUAAUAUACAUUCUUUUUUUUUCAAAGAACAACAACCAAACAUCAAGAGCUCUGCAGAGCUGGUGGGACGUAAUGGCUACUUUAACUCUGACUUGAACCGGAAGCAUUUUAGAAAAACCUUCCUGUUGCUUUUCUAACGAAUUCAAGCUUAUUUUGUCUUUGCUGCUUCUUUUUUUAGGUAGAUCUUAGUUUUCAAACUUGCCUGUGAACUGAAUUAUGUAAGUUGCAGUUCAUUGUUUCUAGAG